AUGGCCACUCUUGAGUCUGCCAGAUUAUUCCCAGCGGAACGUUCCGCACCAACAACAACGCCGCUUUCAAUCCUCGACGCGACCGUCGUGAGAUUCACUCCAACUGGGGCAAUUUGGAUUUUCGACGCGCCAAAUUUGGACCGAUCAGGCUUGCUCGACCAUCUCCGGUCCUCAUUAAUCGCUACAUUAUCCAGCUUCCCUCAGUGGUCCGGUCAACUGCAAUGGGCUCCUGUCGGCGAGGGAAACCACACCAAUCGGUUCAAUCGCCCGAUACUCACAUAUGGUCAUGAUUCGGACCCCGGAGUAGAAUGGACGGUGAUUGAGCAUCCUAUUCGAACGGAUGAGAUCGCACCGACCGCCAAGGAACGCGCUUCUUCAACCGCCGGCUCUCGACACGGAACCUGGAUGGGCGAUGCUAUCGAUGAAUCACUCUUCGUAUCCCCUAAUCAACUAGCCCUGUCAAAUCUGCACGAUUUUGCCAGUCGCCCUGGAGUGCAAGUCCAGAUUACUUUGCUCGAUGGAGGAUACGCCGUUGGUGUGAAGGUGGCACAUUGUCUAGCAGAUGCGCAAACCCUGAUGGUCUUCAUGCACCUAUGGUCAACUAAAAGCCAAGAGAGCUUUGGCGACGAGCACGAAUCCUCGCCGAUGGGCGAGCCGAUCUUCAGCCCCCAAUUACUGGACAGCUGCGCUGGGGGUGACAUUGAUGGCUCCAGCUGCGAUCAGGCCCUCUCUUGCACAGCUCGCAGCUUGCCCCUGCAUCGCUACAGCUGGUGGGAUACAGCCGAUGAAGGCUAUCCAAAGGCAUGCAUUCCCACAACAGAGAAUUCAAAGCCUCCGGCCGAUCAACUUGAACACUUACAAGUGUCACCGUCGGAGCCAGCGCCGUGGCUCUCGUGGGAUUUCUCCCGCCCAGCCAGUUACGCCCAGCUGCAUUUCACAGGCGAAGAGCUAGCUCAUAUCAAGACGCUUGCUCUUGCCGAUCCAGAUAGUCGGGCUGAUAUUUCUCGCCUUGACGCUUUGCUCGCCUACGUGUGGACAUUUAUCACCCGUGCUCGUGGCUAUGAAGAAUCUUCAAAGCAGGUUUACCUCGACUUAACCAUUGGGGCACGUGCUCGUGUGUCUCCUGCUCUUCCUGAUUCGUUCGUUGGAUCGCCCCUCUUGAUCACACAUGUCGGCGCGCCUGGCUCUUCAGUCUGUCGGGAAACUCUAGGGAAGAAGGCUAGCCAAAUUCGGCAGACAAUGCAAAGAUUCACUCCGGAAGCCAUGGGGGCCAUCUUACACGAUGCGGCCUUUGAAGUCUCACCACAACGGCUUUGGCAGGCUUUCAUGGGAACUGAACAUACCAUCGUUACGUCCUGGUUGAGACUGCGACUACAUGAUGUUAGUUUCAUGCGCGGCUCUCAACUGCGAUAUGCGCAUGCUAUCAUGCCGAAAUUGGAUGGCUGUGCGCAGAUUAUGGACAGCGCAAUUGGGGACGGUGGUAUGGACAUCGCUCUCUAUCUUGAUAAGCAAGCCAUGGAGAAGUUGAUUUGGGAUGAUCGUUGGAACGAAGAAUUGUAA